AUGGAUGCUUCUGAAGAAUCAAAGAAUGAUGUGAAUAUCUGGAUUUCUUUUUCUCAGUCUUCUAUAACCAUUUUCCUACCUGGUUUUUCUGCUUCUUCACACAUAAUUUUGCUAUUAGCUUUAUCCAUUUCCUGGGCUUGCAAGAAAUGGACAAUGCCUACCCUUGAAAAUUCAACACCAGUGUUAAAGAAUACAUACUUCUUAUACUAUUGGACAACCCUAAUAUCAUCCAUAGUUCUGUCUUUUUGUGAUCUUCUUCUAUGUGUAUUGAACUACAUCUUUGGGUAUGGACCUGGUUGGCCUAAUCUAAAGGUUUUCACUCAAAUGGAUUUUGCAUCCAGAACAAUCACUUGGUUCAUUAUCUCUGCUUUCUUGCACAUCCAAUUUUCUUAUUCAAAUGAGCGCAAGUUCCCCAUUCUACUAAGGAUUUGGUGGGCCUUCUACUUCCUAAUGUCUUGUUCCUAUCUUAUUAUACAUCUUGGUGUGUAUUGGACACACUCAUCCUUACCAUUCCAGCUAUGGGUCUCCGAUGUUGUAUCCAUUAUUUCUGGUUUGUACUUUUGUUAUGUUGGGAUAUUUAUCAAGAAGCAAGAAGAUGAAGAUUUCCAUCUUUUGGAACCUCUUUUAAAAAUUAGUUCUAGUCGAAACAAAGGUGAGUACGAAAAAGGAUCAAGUAUCAGUGAAGAGAAGGUAACUUCUUAUGCAAAUGCCACUAUUCUUAGUAUUUUUACUUUCUCUUGGAUGGGACCUCUACUUGCACUUGGGUAUAAAAAAGCUCUAGACCUUGAAGAUAUUCCUCAGCUUGCCAAUUGUGAUAGUUCGUCUGUGGUCUUUUCGCAUUUUAGAGAUAAACUUGAGUCUAAUGUUAAUGCCAAUGAUAAUGGCGGUAAGAUAAGCACCCUUCAAUUGGUUAAGGCAAUAUAUCUUUCAACGUGGAAGGAAAUUAUAUGGACGGCUCUACUCUCCAUUGCAAGUAUGUUGGCUUCUUAUGUUGGACCAUAUCUUAUUCCUGUCUUUGUUCAGUAUCUCAAUAGUUCUCACCAAAUAAAAUAUAAAGGCUAUAUUUUAGUGUUCAUUUUCUUUCUUUCAAAGCUCAUAAAGUGCAUUUCAGAGAGACAUUUGUUCUUUCAACUACGAAAGAUAUCAAUUAGGAUCCAUGCUGCCUUGUUUGCAUUAAUCUUUAAGAAGAGUCUUAGGCUUCCAAACCAAUCAAAGCAAGGUCACGCUAGUGGGGAGAACAUUAAUUUGAUAACUCUUGAUAUUCAAAGGACUUGUGUUUUCAGUUGGUACAUACAUGAUAUAUGGAAGGUGCCUGUUGAGAUUAUUCUAGCAUUGUUGAUCUUGUACUAUAGACUUGGGCUCGCUUCAUUUAUAGCUUUUUUUUCCAUAAUGAUUUUAAUGUUAGCAAAUGUUCCACUGGGAAAACUAGAAGAGAAAUUUCAAGGGGAACUAAUGUCUUCAAAGGAUCAAAGGAUGAAAGUGACAUCUGAGGCUCUGCGGAAUAUGAGAAUUCUCAAGCUUCAUGGUUGGGAAAUGAAAUUCUUGGUUAAGAUAAUUGGGCUUAGAAACUUUGAAACAAGAUGGUUAAAGAAGUUACUUUAUACAUCAGCUAUGACUUCUUUUUUCUACUUGUCUACUCCCAUUUUGGUAUCCAUGGUUACUUUUGGGUUUUGUGUGUUGAUGGGAAUUCCGCUACAAUCAGGGAAUAUUCUAUCUGCAAUUGCUACAUUUGAGAUAUUGCAGGGGCCCAUUUAUAAUCUCCCAGUCCUAAUCUCCACAAUAGUUCAAACUAAAGUUUCCCUUGAUAGGAUAACCUCAUUCCUAUGUCUCGAUGACCUUCAUCCUAAUGUAGUACAGAAGCUUCAAAGUGAUAGUGUUGAGAUUGCAAUUGAGAUUGUCGACGGAAAUUUUUCUUGGGACCUUCAUUCCCCUAAUCUCACAUUAAAAGAUCUUCAUUUUCAAGUGUAUCGUGGUAUGAGAGUGGCUGUUUGUGGUUCUGUUGGGUCAGGUAAGUCAAGCUUACUUUCAUGCAUAUUGGGAGAAGUGUCAAAGAUGUCUGGAACCAUCACGUUGAAUGGGACGAAAGCCUAUGUUGCACAAUCACCAUGGAUACAAAGUGGCAAGAUAAGAGAUAAUAUAUUGUUUGGAAAGGAGAUGGACAAGAAAAGGUACGAGAUCAUCCUUGAAGCAUGUUCAUUGAAGAAGGACAUAGAACUCUGUGCCUUUGGAGACCAAACUAUCAUUGGGGAGAGGGGAAUCAACCUGAGUGGUGGGCAAAAGCAAAGGAUCCAGAUUGCACGUGCUUUAUAUCAUGAUGCUGAUAUUUAUCUGCUUGAUGAUCCUUUUAGUGCUGUGGAUGCUCAUACAGGAACUCAUCUAUUUAAGGUUAUGAGAGAUGGAAGAAUUACUCAAGCAGGAAAGUAUGAAGAUCUUCUUUGUUCAGGAACUGACUUUAUGGAGUUAGUCAGUGCACAGAAGGAAGCUUUAGCAAAUCUUAAUUAUGUUGAACCCGGGGUUGCUUUAGAUAAUUUAGUUAAUGGUGAAGAAGAUUGUAAUAUGUUUAGUAAAAAUUCUGGUGAAGAUGCUGAGGAAAGGGAACCAAAAAACAAUCAAACAGAAAAACUGGUUGGACCAGAAGGGCAGCUUGUCCAAGAAGAAAAUCGAGAAAAUGGUGCAAUUAGUAUUUCAGUCUAUUGGAAGUAUGUUACUACUGCAUAUAAGGGAGCUUUUGCACUAUUGAUAUUACUAACUCAAAUUAUUUUUCAACUUCUCCUAAUUUUUAGUAGUUUUUGGAUGGUGUUGUCUACUCCAGUUUUAGAGGAUGUGAAACCUUAUGUUAAAGGAUCCACUCUCAUCUUUGUUUAUAUUGCUUUGACCUUUGGAUGUUGUCUUUGUAUACUUGUAAGGUCCAUGCUUACUAUAACUGCUGGAUACAAAACAUCAACUUUGCUAUUCAACAAAAUGCAUUUGUGCCUUUUUCGUGCUCCCCUCUCAUUUUUCGAUUCUACUCCAAGUGGAAGGAUUCUAAAUCGGGUUACAUGGCAAAUGUUAAUAGUGUUUAUUCCAAUGGCAGUGAUAUGCAUUUGCUAUGAGCAAUAUUAUAUAUCCACAACAAGAGAACUAUCGCGACUAGGCGGAGUAUGCCAUGCUCCAAUUAUACAACAUUUUGUUGAAUCUAGUUUAGGAUCAAACACAAUUAGGUGUUUUGAUCAAGAAGAGAGGUUUAUGGACAUAAACCUCAAGUUGGUCGAUGAAUAUUCGCGGCCCAGAUUUCAUUUCUCCGGGGCAAUGGAGUGGUUAUCUUUUCGUAUGGAUAUGUUGGCAUCUAUCACAUAUGCUGUCCUUUUGGUUUUCUUGAUCUCAAUGCCAAAGGGAGUACUCAAUCCUGGUGUUAUGGGUUUAACAAUCACAUAUGGGCUUGGUUUCAGUUUGCAUGGAGUUAUAUGGUGCCUUAGCAUUCUUGAGAAUAAAAUGAUAUCUGUUGAGAGAAUAUUACAGUAUGCUUGCCUCCCUAGUGAACCCCUCUUGUUGAUAGAAGAAAAUCGGCCAAGUCAUGAAUGGCCAUCACAAGGGAAAGUUGAUAUUGUUGACCUACAGGUCCGAUAUGCCCCACACCUUCCUCUCGUCUUAAAAGGUGUCACAUGUACUUUUCCUGGAGGGAUGAAGAUUGGCAUUGUUGGGAGAACAGGAAGUGGUAAGUCCACUCUUGCACAAGCCCUUUUUCGUAUGUUUGAACCUAUAGCCGGUCAGAUUUGGAUAGAUGGUAUCAACAUCUCCAAGAUUGGCCUUUAUGACUUGCGAUCAAGAUUGAGUAUCAUCUCGCAAGACCCCACAAUGUUUGAAGGAACUCUAAGAUGCAAUCUUGACCCGCUUGAAGAGUACACUGAUGAACAGAUUUGGGAGGUUUUAGAUAAAUGUCAACUUGGUAAUGAAGUUCGAAAGAAGGAAGGGAAGCUUGAUUCCAUGGUGACUGAGAAUGGAGACAAUUGGAGCAUGGGACAAAGGCAACUAGUUUGUUUGGGACGGAUAUUACUCAAGAGGAGCAAAGUGUUGGUACUUGAUGAAGCUACUGCAUCAAUGGAUACUGCAACUGACUAUCUAAUUCAGCAAACACUUAGGCAACACUUUGCAGGGUCUACUAUCAUCACAAUUGCACAUAGGAUAACAUCAGUUCUUGAUAUUGAUAUGGUCCUCCUUCUUGAAAAUGGUUCUGUACUGGAAUAUGGUUCACCAGCCAAAUUGCUAGAGAUCAAGUCCUCAUCAUUUGCAAGGCUUGUUAAAGAGUAUGCUCGAAGAUGUAAUUCCUAGUUUUUAAAAGGCUAUAUAAGAGUUUUGGAUAUUUAGAUGUAAAAAAGCUACACUUUUUUAGCUAAAUAAAAGUUUGGUAAGA